CGCUUUGAAAUCUCAGACUGUCAUUCAUAUCAUAUAUCAUCAUUGAUGCUUUCAUAUCAUCUGCAAACAACAACACCAUCGCAUGUAUCACUACUUCCACCACAUCAUUGAUAAACAUUGUGAACAAAAUUGGUCCCAAAAUGCUUCCAGGAACAAUACCCGAUGUUGCUUCAUAUUCACGCGAUUUUGUUUCACCAAUCUGGACAUAAUAUCUUAUUUGACGAACAUUUUCAUAUAACCAUUUAGCUGUCUUUGGUCCAAUGGAAAACUUUGCCAUUUUACCAACCAAAAAUCGAAGUGACGAUUCGAAUCCGGAGUAAACUCAUUUUAUAUACAUUGAGAUAGCCAAGCAAUACGGGGAUUCCAUUUGCAUGUGAAUGUACAAAUGAGGAAGUGACAUAGAAUACUGUUUUAUUAGAAGCACGAUGAUACAUCAAUCCGAAUAAAAACACGGCAACUUUUGUAUUUCCGAUUCCAUUGAAAGAGCAACAUAAUUUCCCCCGUUUUCUUAAAUAACUUUUAAAAUGCGAUAUUCCAUUGUUUUGACUGUGAUAUUAUUAGCCGUUCAGGGCACAGUACUAACUGUGGAUGGUUUUGACAUAUUCAAUUUACUGUCUAAACCAAUCGACAAGUUCUUACAGGGCCAGAAGAACAAAGAAAAAGAAGUUGAUGGUCUCAAGAAAGACAAUGACUUUCUGAGAAGAGAAAAUGAGGCGCUCAAUGCAACAAAUAUUGAACUGUCCGAUUCCUUGGAAAAAGAGCAAGGUGCAAGAGAACUAGCUGAAAAGGCACUUGAAGAGGAACAGAAUUUAGUUGAAAGUUGCAAACAAGCGAUUGAUGAACUCCAACAGCAGUUAGAUGAAGCUCAACAGCAACUCGAAACUUCCAAUCAACAACGUGAAGACUGUAGGAGUGAAAACGAAGUAUUGAGAGCCAAUAUGGAACAGUUGAAUUAUUCACUUUCAGUGGAAAUUCAAAAACUUCGAGAAGAAAAUGCAGACUACGAACAGGCUUUAAGUUCAUGGCGCUUUGGAACCAGUGAUUUCAUAUCUCGAACUACAGUUAAACAGAGCCAACUAAUUGAACUAAUUGCAAGCCUCCAACGUGCAGCAUCAGAAAACUCAGCUAUUGUAGCUUCGUAUGUUGGUUUUGCUGCCACGCACAACCUAACUAUUGGGUCUGUAGGAAGUGAGUCUUAACUUGAUUAUCAAAUGCAUUUAAACUGAAUGUGGCUUCAAUAAAUUUU